GGGUGUACUAAUAUUACUAAAGAAGCCAUAGAUCAGCUCAUUUUACUUAAUCCAAAUAUCUAUGUUGAGGAUUUCAUGAAUUCUAUGGAUAUGCGAGCUGAAUUAGAUCAAGAGAUAGGACGGAUAUAUAACAUUCGGCAUAGUGUUGUAUCGGAGGAUAGAAAGAAAGCAAAUAUAAAUUCCCUCCGAAACUAUGCUACUUCAGGAGAUGGAAAUCAUUUUUUAAUUAUUGUAUAUGCGGAAUGA